GACUAACUUCACUUCCUCAGCUUAGCAGCAGACCAGCUCUUCCUAACUAACUAUGGUCAGCACAUUUGACAUGCUGAAUGUCUUCCUGCGACUUUGGCUGCUUGGGAGUGCGGUCGUCUUUCAACCAGGAUGUUGUGGGUUAGAGCCCAGCCCGUACAGUCAACAUGUCGAUGAUUCCUCUGUCUGUUCGUCUCAACCUUCUACAAACUGCCACAACAAAUACUCGGGCCACAAUGAUAAGGCUGUCCGGAUUGUGAUCGUUGGGAAAACUGGAGCUGGGAAGAGCGCCACAGGUAACACCAUUCUGGGACAUAAGUACUUUAAAUCAAAGUUUUCUUCUGAAUCUCUGACUAAAGCCUGUGCUAAGGCCUUUGGGGAAGUUGAUGGACAAGAGGUGGCUGUCAUUGACACUCCUGGUAUUUUUGACACCACAACUGAUGAAAAGAAAACACUAAAAGAUAUCGCUCAGAGCAUUGGUUAUGCUUCUCCUGGACCUCAUGUCUUCCUAGUCGUCAUCAAACUGGGCAGAUUCACAGAGGAAGAAAAACAGACAGUGCAGAAGAUUCAGAAAAUCUUUGGAGAGGAAGCGAACAGAUACAGCAUGGUCCUCUUUACCCACGGUGAUCUGCUCGAAGAUGAACCUAUUGAAGAGUUCUUGCAGGAAAGUGAAGAUCUGCAGGAACUUGUGAACAGAUGUAACGGGCAGUACCACGUCUUCAAUAAUAAGUUGGAGGAUCGUUCUCAGGUCAGAGAGCUGCUCGACAAGAUCAGAAAUAUAGCAAAGAAGAACGGAGGAAGCCAUUACACCACAGACAUGUUCCAGAAGGCAGAGAAGCUGAUAGAAGAGGAAAAACAACGGAUCCUUAAAGAGAAAGAAGAGAAAAUACGCAAACAGAGGGAGGAACAGGAGAAGAAAAUAGAGGAAAAGUAUGAGCUACAACUCUGGGAAGCAAAGGCAGACAGGGGGAGGUUGAGCAGGGUUAUGAAAAAAGAAAAGGAGGAGGCAAAUAAAAAACUGAUAGAGAUGGAGGAAAUAAUCGCUAGACAUGAAGCUGAGAGCAGCACUACAUUACUCCAAUAUAUAAUGCAACAGAUUAUUGAAGUUGUUGUGAAAGUGGUGAAAGUGGUGAAACAAGUGUUUUUUAAAUAAACAAUUUGGUUAAGUUUUGAUUGUUUUCAAUCUUGUAAAAGUACAGAAUAAUAUGUACACAUUCACAUUUGCAAUCUUGUCGGGAAGAGAAACUAAGAGCGACAAUCCAAAGAGCUGGCUGCACUCUGUACAUGCAUUUUUUUUUUUGUGGCUUUUAAAAGAACAGGUGUCAUUUCUUGUAAAUGCUGAUGGGAGGUUGAACUAUUACUAUUACUAUUAUCUAAAUGAACAAUGAACAUGCAGGUGGACUGGAUAUUCAAGCUGUGCUAAAAACAGAACAAUAAAGGGCGUGAAUCAACAAAUUCCAACGAUCACUGAAGAGCUGAGAAAAAACACGACACAUGUAAAAGAUUGUAAAGUGAAAUGCAGAUUAAAUGCAACACUUACAUUUGUUAUGCAAAUGUGGGUAGGUGUUUCUAUCCGAAAAUAAUGGUUUUCUUGUGUGUUAUGUGUAGACUGUGUAGAUCUGUUGUAGGUUACAUUAAAACCAUUUUGAAUAAAGCAACAUAUCAACACGAA